CUACAAUUUAUCAUAUAAAUGUUGUAAAUUAAGUAGUUUUUAUCAUCAGCUGCCGUACUGAAGAUCGAUAGCAGUAGCUUCGUCAUCGUCAAAGCAUUCUGAAUAAACAUUCCACACUCGACACACAUACACCCACACAUGCCAUCCCACCUUAUCAUGGGUUAUAAUUGAGCACGGGCGCAUUGCGUUGUGGAGCUUAAAUAAACGUUCGACGCACUAAUGGAAGAUUCAAAUCGUAGCUAAAUCAGCUGAGUGCUGUAUCAUUGAUUGGAAAUCGUCGUGAAUUCACCCUACUACCACCCUUCAUACGACUAAAAGAAUAUGUUGUCACAAUGAGCGAUGAGGUGCAAGUGAUGGGGCAGGAUAUCAGGGUAGCGCACGCGCUCAACGAACUUUUGCUAGUCGUCGCAGCCCUUUGAAGGACAGCGAAAAAAAUUAAUUUUUCAGUAAUAAAUUAUGUUGCCGAACGCGAUCACCUGAUCAGUUGCUCAUGGACGAGCUUGGUGUGACAAAAACGACGAUGAUUCCACCGCUGCACGCUGUGGUAUGUCCCACAUCAUAUGAUCGUUCGAUCACGGUAAGGGUAGCACAUCCACCUGCUGUGAUAAACAGCCUGAACCUAAUUGCUCAUAUGGUAGUAUACCACCACACCGAUGACCCUUCAUCUGUUACUGGGUCAUACUAGGAUCCGAGCAGCUACCCAUUGAUCCGAGCCCGGACAGCUCGGUAUGACCGAACAUUUUUUCAACGAACGCACAACCGUACGCACGUAUCACAUUGACCAGCUUGGAGUAUCGCUGCCGCCAUCUCAUACUAUUCACACACACUAGGUGGACAUGUAGAAGACAUAAAUAUGCAAAAUCAUAACAUGAUGCCAAAUGCUAUGCCAAAAAAUGGAGUAGAUAACAACAGACAAACACAAAAUCCAAUGCUCAAUGCUAUGAUGCAAAACUUGAAUAAACAAAACUAUAUGUCAAAUGCUAUGACACAAGGUCUUAUGGAUAAUAAUAAAAAAAUGCAUGAUUCAAUGUUAGAUACUACAGCAAAGAACUUAAAUAAGGAAGACCCUAGCAUGAUACUAAAUCAUGUAACACAAUCACUUAAAAGGAAUUCGUCAUUAACAGUGAAAGAUACAUCAAAUAAAUAUGUUGGAGGUCAAAAUUCAGCAAAUAGCUUGUUCACUUCUUGCUAUAAUAAUUUGUUUUCACAAUUUAAUUUUGAGCCAAAAUUAAACUGCAAUAACAAUAAAAGCAAAAAUGAAAUACAUCCAAAUUUAAAUCAAUCCAACUUUCCUCUAAUCAAUAAACACAAUUUAUCUAACAAUGGACCAAGCAAUAAUAAUGGUGUCCAAUAUUCUAGUAUUGUAUCUGCAGGGAAAUCUUAUGUAAAAGUGAUGAAAAAUUUAGAUGCAAGUGAAUUUAAAAUGAGUAACAAUGAUUUUCCAGCAUUACCUGUUAAAAAUAUACAAAAGAAAAAUGUCAUUAAUCCUCAGUCUUCUAUAAUAGAUUCAAACAAACAGUGUAGUACAACAAAUAUUGCAUCUAAAGUGUUAAAUAAUCCUAACAUGGAUCAACAUAUUAAUAAUUCAAGGCAUUCAAGCAGAAGUCUAUUAGAUAUAAACUUCCAUAUGAAUGGCGCUACUGUACCACCUAAACCUAAAGUUAAAAUAUCAAUUGAUGAUGGUAAAGUUACUAAUAUACCUAGCAAUAUGGUACAUGAUCAAUUUGGGAUUAUUGGUCAUCUCGUUAGUAUAAAAUCUGCAGAGUAUGAUCCUAAAUUGGUGACAUUAACUUAUGGAGACGAUUUGAGGACUCUUGGUUUGAACAUGAAUUCUCCUGAAAAUAUUUACCCUACAUUUGCAGGUCCAUUUGAAAAUUCUCCACUAGGACCACAUAACAUUGAUUUUGAUGUACCACCAGAAUAUAGAGUUCAAAACAAAAUAAAGAAUAAAUUGGCUCCAAUCAAGUUGUCCGAGUAUCAGGAUGAUUUAUUGUUUUAUCUUUUUUAUUCUUACUAUGGAGAAGGAAUACAGAUAUCUGUUGCAGAUGAAUUGUGUACACGAGGUUGGAGUUAUCAUAAAGAACUAUGUGAGUGGAUCAUUCCAGUGUCUUCUGGAACUAGCAUGUUUGAAAAAGAUUUUUCAGUUCAUGGUAUAUUUUAUGUAUUUGAUCCAAAGUUGUGGUGUAAGAAGGUCAAGAAAAUUAAUUAAUUCUUGAUCAAUGAUCACACUGUUGGAUGAAUGUGUAUGUAUUGCAUAUUAUGUUAACUUUUUGUUGGUACACCAAGAUAAGUUUGGUUUUAAUCGAUACCUAAUAAUGUUCAAUGUAUAAAUGUCAAUUAAUGUUUUUUUUUUUUUUACU